CUGGUGAUGAAUUUACAAUGGGAGCAUGCAUGCAUGCAUACAUACUUAUGCAUGUUUCACGCUUACGCGCGCGCUGCCUAAACUAUCUUUUCAACUCGUAACCACCCACCCACUUGCGCGCGUAACUGCCAGGAGGCGAGACUGGUAUAUAGCCACAGCUUCUCGCAUAGAAGCCAUAGAAGCAAGUAAACAAAGUGUACAGCUCGAUCACACUAGCAAGAUCAUCAUCAGCAAGUAGCUGCCAGCACGAGAACGCGCGGUCGAGAUCUAGAUCAUCGGGAAGCAUGGCGCUGUCGGAGCUGCAGGCGCGGGCGCGGUUCGUGCAGUCGUCGGCGGCGAACGCGGGCGUGCACUUCGACGAGGACCGGUGGCUGAGCCGGGUGCGGCAGACCCUGGAGCGGGAGGCGGCGGAGGAGCUGGGCGCGGCGGCCAAGGUGUUCGACGUCCCGCGAGUGCUCAGGGCGACGAGGCCCGAGGCCUACCUGCCACAGCACUUCGCGCUGGGGCCGUACCAUCACCACCGGCCCGACCUCAGGGACAUGGAGCGGUACAAGCUCGCCGCCGCCAAGCGCGCCGAGAAGCUCUUCGCCGACGGCCAGAAGUUCGACCACCUCGUGCGGCGGCUGCUCGAGCUCCAGGACAAGAUACGCGCGCCCUACCACAGGUUCCUGGAGCUAAGCGAUCAGAUGCUGGCAUGGAUGAUGGCCAUCGACACGUGCUUCCUGCUCGACUUCCUCGAGAGCUACCACCGCGACGAGGUCACGGACAUGGUGUCGUCGGCGACCACAUGGAUCAACGCCACCGUGCGUGACGCCAUGAUGCUCGAGAACCAGCUCCCGCUCUUCCUCUUCGCCCAGGCCCUCGCGCUCCGCCACGCCACCGAGCAGGCCGCCGCCGACGCGCUGCACGGGGUGUUCGCCCGCUUCAUCAGGGAGGUGUCCCCCAUCAAGACCAGCGCCGAAGUGGUGGUCGCCGACCUCGCCAGGCACGCGCACAUGCUCGAGCUCCUCUACCACUUCCUCGUGCCCGCCGCGGACGUCUUCGACGUAGAGGACCGGGAGCCGCCGCCGAUGGUGCCCGAGGAGUUCACCAUCGACAUGAUCGACCCGUCGCAGCAGCUCCCAGACUACGACAAGGUGAAGCAGGCGUGCUUUCAGGUGUCCAGCCUCGACGUGGCGCCGGUGCGGUUCGUCCGGACGAACCUCAUCGCCCGUCUGAUGAGAAUGGCGUCGAGGCUCCCGGGGCGGCUGAUGGGCAAGGUGCCGCUGCUGUCGGCGGUGGCGCCGCUGGUGACCAAGCUGAUGACGUCGACAGACUUGGAGGCGCGUGUCAAGGGCGUGAACCUGGGGACCAUCAUCAACUCGCCGCUGGCGCAGGAGAUCAUGAUCCCGUCGGUGGCGCAGCUGGCGCGGUGGGGCGUCCGGUUCGAGCCGGCGCCAGAGGGCAUCGCGGGGAUCUCCUUCGACGCGGCGACGGCGACGCUGAGCCUACCCAUCAUCACGCUGGACGGCAACACGGAGGUGGUCCUGCGCAACCUGGUCGCCUACGAGGCCGUCGCCGUGCGGGGGCCGCUGGUGCUGGCGCGGUACACGGAGCUGAUGAACGGCAUCAUCGACACGCCCAAGGAUGUGAAGAUCCUGCGGCAGAGCGGCGUGGUGGUGAACCACUUGAAGAGCGACAAGGAGGCGGCGGACAUGUGGAACGGGAUGUGCCGCGCGACGCGGCUCAGCAAGGUGCCCCGGCUGGACGUUGUGAUAAGGGAGGUGAACGCGCACCGGAGCCGGAGGGCGGCAGCGCGGGCGCAGAAGCUGCUGAAGAAGUACGUGUUCAGGUCGUGGAAGAUCCUAACGCUGCUCGCCGCCGUCGUGCUGCUGCUCAUGACGGCCAUGCAGACCUUCUGCUCCGUCUACCCGUGCAGAAGCUGGUUCGUAUCCGUGCUCCAGAUGCCGCCGCCCGGAGGAGCCUCCUAGCUAAUUCAUUCAUGAUUUGGAAUUAGCAGGCGAAACCGCCCAUUAUAUACUGUAAAAAGUUGUAAAAAUCAUUCCUUCUUAAUGUUGUUGUUGACUUGUUGUUGCUUUAAAAAAAAAAAGACUAAUUAAGGCCUUAUGGCAGGAGCUCUGCCCUACGUUUUAA